AUGCCGAGUACUUCUAUGAUUGAGGAUCGAGGUGAAAUUGAACGACGGCGUUUCGAAUACUUGGAUCAUCCAGCGGAUAUUCAACUGCAUUCUUGGGGAACAACAAUCGAAAGAGCGUUUGAAGCAUGUCUCGUUUCGAUGUUUGGGUAUAUGACUGAUUUGGAAAAAGUGGAGGAGCAGUACGAAUUCUAUUGGAAAGUUUCUGGGGACAGCAUGGACGGUCUCUUGUUUCAGUUUCUAGAUGAAGCCCUCAACUCAUUUCAUGCUGAGCCUUGUUUUGUGGCAAAAAGAGUAGAAAUUAUGCGAUUUGACAAGGAAAAGCUUGAGAUUGAAUUCCGUGGAUGGGGAGAGUCUUUUGACACGUCCAAACAUGAAACCGAAGCUGACAUCAAGUCCCCCACCUAUUCAAACAUGCAAAUCAUUGAAAAAUCUGAUCGAUGCGAUGUUUAUGUCAUUGUUGACAUUUGA